AUGCCCUCCAAACCAGGAAACCCAGCCUACGUCCUCGGCGUGGGCCUGACACCCUUCAUCAAACCACGCAAGACCCGCGACUACAUCGAACUUGGAUAUGAAGCCGGCGUCAAGGCUAUGCUCGAUGCUGACAUCACCUACGACGAUGUCGAGCACGGCGUCGCUUGCUACUGCUACGGCGAUACAUGCUCUGGCCAACGCAUCUUCUACCAGUUCGGCAUGAACAGCAUCCCAAUCUACAACACCAGCAAUGCCUGCGCCACGGGGUCCACGGGCCUUCAUAUGGCGAGGACGCUGGUGAAGAGUGGAGCUGCCGAUUGCGUGUUGGUCAUUGGGUUCGAGCAGAUGGCGCCGGGCAGCAUCAGCAGUCCGUUCAACGAUCGACCCAGCCCGAUGCAGUUGGGUGUCAAGGUGAUGGAGGAGACGUACGGGAAGCAUGACAGUCCGAGGAAUGCACAGUAUUUUGCUAAUGCCGGGAAGGAGUAUAUGGAGAAGUACGGCGCUAAAGCAGAAGACUUUGCAGAAAUCGCGCGCAUCAGCCACGAGCACUCCCAACGUAACCCCUACGCCCAAUUCCGUCAGGAGUACUCUCUGAAGGAGGUCCAGGAUUCGCCGAUGAUUCACUUCCCACUCACCAAACUCCAGUGCAGCCCGACCAGUGACGGUGCUGGAGCAGCUGUCAUCUGCUCCGAGUCCUUCCUCGCCCGGAAACCUCAGCUCAGGAGCCAGGCUAUCCUCAUGGCUGGCCAGUCUUUGAGAACCGAUGAGCCUUCGCUCUAUUCGAAGAGCGCUAUGGAUCUGAUUGGCUUCGGGAUGACCAAGACGGCAGCGCAGAUCGCGAUGAAGGAGGCCGGCGUUACGCCGAAGGACAUCAAGGUUUGCGAGCUCCAUGAUUGCUUCUCCGCCAACGAGCUGGUGUUGCUGGAAGGCCUUGGGUUCGCAGAGAAGGGUAAGGCGCAUGAGCUCGUCCGAAACGGAGAUAUCACCUAUGGCGGGAAGGGCCCGAUCAUCAAUCCAUCUGGUGGACUGAUCUCGAAGGGCCACCCACUCGGCGCCACUGGCCUGGCCCAGUGUGCUGAGCUGACAUGGCAGCUGAGAGGCUGGGCGAACAAUCGCCACGUCCCCACCGAGUACGCCCUCCAGCACAACCUCGGUCUCGGCGGCGCCGUCGUCGUCAACGUCUACAAGCGUGCCGACGGCAAGCCAAGCCGCAAGCUCAAAGACCAGGAGAUCACCAAGCAGUCGUACUGGAACUAUAACCCGGCGACCGAGGCGCGAUAUAUCACCAAGGCGGAUGCCGAUAAGGUGCGCAGCAAGGAGAAUCGGGUUGAGUAUGCGCUGGGCGACACCGAGGAGAAGCUGUACGCUAGGUUGUAG